UGUUAAAAUCUACAAUUUUGGUUAAAUCCUUCCAAAAAUAACAACCAUAGAUAUAGGUACCAACUUCGCUCCAAUAUCUACAGAUAAUGUUCAGAAUAGUCUUAUUCCAGGGCACAACAAAGGCUACUUAAACUCUAAGAAAUUAUUGGUACAGAAAUGUAAAUAAGCAAAGAAAACAAAUCAAAAAGUUUGAUAAAGAAGCCUCUGAUAAAAAUAAAAACAAACUAAGAAAACAGCUAGACAGAAUAACUCUCUCUCCAGUUGAUAGACCAGGCUUCACCAUGCCAAAGGUCAUAGCACCCAAAAUCCGCAAGAAGAAAGCUAGCAUUAUAAAGAAGACAGGUAUAAAAGAUUUCAAAAUGCCUGCUAUUAGGAACAGUUCUGUGGAGAAUAUUGUUGUUUCCGAUCCAAAAUCUCCAGGCGUCAAAAACACCUCUGUGCAGUUCAAUAUUCCUACUAACUUGACUCCCAAAAAUAAGCAGUUGGCUUUGAAGCAUCUUAAUAGCUUUAAGCUUGAUCCACAAGAUCUUAACCAGAUCCCUGAGAUUUCCUUUACUCGGAGAAGAAGUUUCUUCAGGGAGAGGUCUCCUAGCUUUAUCUCUUCAAGACUUAGCAUCACCAAGCCCAAACUUGACGAAAAUGAAAUCAAAAAUAUGAGGAUGGAACGUAUUUUUAAAAGUAUUCAAGAUCAGACAGAAAGAGGUGAACAACUGAAACUCACAGAAAUCGGACUUAAAGGUACUCCUUACCAUCAACUGCUUAUUGAAGAAGAGAGUCAAAAGCACUUUGUGAAGAAAAAGGACUUUGAGGAUAUCUUAGAAAUCGAGAAGAGAUUUACGCAGACAAUAAGAAACAGCAAGAGAGAUACUAUGAUCUACCAGAAGUUAGCCAAAGAUCUCUCCCUUGAUGGCCUUGAAGAAAGUUAUAAGUUGCCUAAGAGUUUAGUUUAUGAUAAAGAAUCAUAUAUCAACCCUAAAAAUACCUCCCACAGGUAUGCAAAUUCUAUUUCAAUGAAUUUGAUGAAUAAAGUAGCUAAGCUCAAUGAGACUAAUGUCCAGACACAUCUGAAGAAGCUUAAGUUCUCUAAUGGACUUUAUCAGCUAAGUCCUGUAGAUAGUAUCAAGAAGUUCAACAAUCGGCCUCUGAAUGAAAUCUAUAACGGAAAAUUGCAAAAAUAGCUAAUUCU